UAAAUGAUCCUUGCAAUAAUUGUACGAUUGUAUUCAAAGCUAGUUUGCAUAUCAGCAUUGAGUCAAGUUUUACUCACACAAACUCAAACAUGAAAAUUCCUGUUAACUUAAGUUGCUUCUCAGCUUAGUUAAUGCUCGAUUUGUGCUCUUCUUCACUGAACCAAGUAAGGAGUAUCAAUACCACAUGUUGGAACUGUAGAUGUUCUUAUCAGUAUGCGGAGUUGAGAUAAGGAAUAAAGGUGUUCAUACACACCUACCACACAUACUCACACGCCAAAAAGAAAAAAGAAGGAAUAUAAAUUUUGUCCUCUGACAGCAUUUUCUUUUUCUUUAAAUAAUAUAAAGUUGAUAGUGGAUUUUUUUUGAGUGGACGUAUUCUUGGUGUGGCGUGCUGCUCCAGAUAAGACUGCUGACUGGAGCAUUUUGUGACUGAGCCAUGUCAGCUAAUCUCACAGCUGCCUGCCUUAGUCAGGCCACUGCCUUCUGAAUAGAACUGGUUGGAAUGCCGUCCCUCAAGCCAAGAGCAAGUUACUCUUCAAGACUCCUAAGUGAAAUUUAGUUAAAAUGUGGCAUCAUAAUUAUAAUACUGGUCCUCCUACCCCGGUUAGACCACUGGCACUGCAAUCAUUAGAUCAUAGCCAGCUAUAUCAAAGGCGUGUACUACAUUUAGAUCAGAAUGAGAGAAGUGAAGACUUAGACCUUAGCCCCACCACUGGAGACUAUGAAGAUUUAAGUGAGAAUGACUGGACAAGUGAUCAGUACUCAAACUCCUCUGCAAACUGGACACCUUCACCUCAAUCUAAACCCGAUAGAUUGCCUCCUAGGAAUGUUGCUCCAUCUUCGCGUGCUGCAUCUUCAAAUGCCAAUGCCAUAAUGCAAAAUUCUGUUUCUCUCCCUUUGCAUGCUAGCAAUGAUGUUGUUGGGGUAACAGGAAACAUGUCAUUAGGUAACAUGUUUUGCUCCCGCUGUGGGGAUGGCUUUGAGCCUCAUGAGAAAAUUGUGAACUCAAAUGGAGAAUUGUGGCACACACAAUGCUUUGUGUGUGCUCAAUGCUUUCGUCCCUUCCCUGAUGGUACCUUCUAUGAAUUUGAGGGGCGGAAGUACUGUGAGCAUGAUUUCCAUGUGCUUUUUGCUCCAUGUUGUGGUAAAUGUGGUGAAUUUGUAAUUGGUCGUGUAAUCAAGGCUAUGAAUGCCAAUUGGCAUCCUCGCUGCUUCCGUUGUGAAGAUUGCAGCAAGGAAUUGGCAGAUUUGGGUUUCAUUCGCAACCAGGGUAGAGCACUUUGUCAUGAAUGCAAUGCUCAGGCUAAAGCUGUUGGCCUUGGCAAAUAUAUUUGCCACAAGUGCCAUGGUGUCAUUGAUGAUAAACCGUUGCGGUUCCGAGGUGAGGUGUAUCACCCCUAUCACUUCAACUGUGCUUCUUGCAAAGUUGAACUGAACUCUGAUGCCAGGGAAGUCAAGAGCAGACCUGGAUUUACAUCCAACGAAAUGAAUGAGCUGUACUGUCUUCGGUGCCAUGAUAAGAUGGGGAUCCCCAUUUGUGGGGCAUGUCGCCGCCCCAUUGAAGAGAGAGUUGUCACUGCAUUGGGAAAACAUUGGCAUGUGGAGCAUUUUGUCUGCGCUAAAUGUGAAAAGCCAUUUUUGGGACACCGCCAUUAUGAAAAGAAGGGCUUGGCAUACUGUGAGACUCACUACCAUCAGCUGUUUGGAAAUCUUUGCUUUGUUUGUAACCAGGUCAUUGCUGGAGAUGUUUUUACUGCGCUUAACAAAGCCUGGUGCGUACAUCACUUUGCGUGCUCCGUUUGUGACCAAAAAAUGAACCAGAAGACGAAGUUCUAUGAAUGCGAUCUGAAGCCAGUUUGCAAGAAGUGCUAUGAAAAAUAUCCAGCAGAGUUGCGUCGACGAUUGAGAAAAACACAUGAAGCUACUCCCAAGAAAGCAGCUGUUUGAUUUUUAAAGAAAGAACCUUGAUCCCUGCUUUCCUUAAAAAGUUGGCAUUGAAUUAAGAAUGAUAUAUAUACUGGAACACAUUGAAGCUUCAUCCAGUUUUCUGUUGUUGCUUACUGUACCCUGUCUUCUCCUUUAUUUUGAGCAACAGUAACUUUGUAAUCAAUCAAGUAUUUAAAUUAAUAUAGCCAUUAGAUUUCGCCUAAUUGGAAAAGAAUUAAUAUUUAUGGGUAGACUGUUGACUCCAAUUCUAAAUAUAUAUUUUUUAUACCCUUGCUUUGCAACCAAUAGAGGUAAAGUAAAGUACUGUGUUCAGGACCACUUUUAUGGUGUUAUGCUUUACUUUUGCACAUGGAUAUCAAGCAAGAUAAGCAUUAUUUGCUUUUGUCUUAAUGUGACGUUUUGGCACAAAGUAUACUGUUGGUUUUUGUAGAGCAUAUAUUUAUUGACUAAAUUUAAUGUUACAUACUGUAUGUAGACACAUCUUUCCACGCUUGUUAGACAUAUUUUUGGAGAACAUUUUUGAGACUAACUAGUUUAGGUAGAUGUUCAGUCUAGUGAUUUAUUGACUAAGCCUGUUUCCUGUAACCCCAUUCAUUGUUGUAAUUUCACCUGCCAUUUUGUGACUUAUAACCUGAGUUGAAUGAACGAGACUAUUGGUAAUUGGUGGCAUACUAAAAGUAAUGAAGCUUUUGUUCGGUAGUAAUCAAUGUUAACAUUUAUUUUUGAUUUUCACUCGAAAUAAAAAUUAAUCCAAAA